AUGGCUCUUAUGACCAGCAAAGGAGCAUCAUCAACCUCUUUCACCCAUCAAUACAAGAACUUUAAUGUCUUCUUGAGUUUCGAAGGUGAAGAUAUCCGCCUUGGUUUCGCGGGUCAUUUGUGUAACACUUUGCGUCGUCAAGGUAUUCACACCUUCAUCGACGAUAAUCUCCUAAGAGAAGAAAAAAUUUCUGCACAACAUCUCAAAACCAUUGAGAGCUCAAUGGUUUCAAUAAUCAUAUUCUCUAAAAAUUAUGCAUCCUCGACUUGGUGCUUAGAUGAACUUGUGAAGAUUAUUGAGUGUGAGAAGAAUGAUCAGUUGGUGCGACCAAUUUUUUACAACAUGGAUCCAUUGGAAGUUAAAAAAGGAAAGUUUGAGGAAGAACUAGCUAAACAUGAAGAAAAAUUCAAAGAUAACGAGAAGGUACAAAGGUGGAGGGAAGCUCUAUGUGAAGCAUCCAAUAUACAUGGUUGGCAUUACAAGCACAACUGCAGUGAGUCCGAAUUUAUCCAAGAAAUUGUCAAAGAGAUCUCAAAUUUUAAAUUAAACCGCAUGCCAUUAUUUGUUGCUAAAUAUCCAGUUGGAAUAAGUCAUCAUGUAGAAGCCAUAAAAUUACUUUUAGAUAUCGGGUCAAAUGAUAUUCGUGUGAUAAAGGUGUAUGGCCUUGGUGGAGUGGGCAAGACUACCACGGCUAAAGCCGUUUAUAACAUGAUUUAUGUUCAUUUUGAAGGAAGCAGCUUUCUAGAAAAUGUUAAAGACAAGUUUGGGACCUUUGAUGGUGCAAUCAAAUUACAAGAGACACUUCUUUAUGAUAUUUUAGGGGGUAUAAAUUUGAAGGUUCACAAUGCAUGCAGAGGAAUCAAUUUGAUAAAGGAAAGACUUUCCAAUAAAAGGAUUCUUUUAAUUCUUGAUGAUGUGGAUAGAUCAGACCAAAUAGAAACAUUAAUUGGAAAAUGUGAUUUUUUUGCUUCUGGAAGUAGAAUCAUUAUAACCACAAGAGACAAAAACUUGCUAGCUACUCUUGGAAAAGGUCUUUUAACCUAUAAGGUUAAGGAAUUAGAUGAUCAUGAAGCUCAUGAAUUAUUUUGUUUGCAUGCAUUCCAAAGAAACAAACCCAAGGAAGAUUAUUUAGAAAUUGCAAACCAAUUUAUAUGCUAUGCUAAAGGCGUUCCACUAGCUCUAGCAAUAUUAGGUGCAGAUUUGUAUGGAAGAAAUAAAAUGGAAUGGAAAAGUGCAUUAAAUAAGUAUGAAAAAAUUCCUAACAAAGAAAUUCAAAAAAUACUCCAACAGAGUUAUGAAGGAUUGGAUGAAACUGAACGAGAUAUUUUUCUUGAUAUAGCAUACUUAUUGAGAAGUGUCUCAUAA